GCCAGCUGCGGGCCGUCCAGCGGCUGUGCUACUUCUACAGCGUUGUCAUGCCCAGCGAGGCCCAGUGUGUCCUCUACCACGAGCUCCAGCUCUCCCUGGCCCGCAAGGUGACCGACAAAGUGCUGGGGGGCAGUUCCUGGAGACCAUCAGUCAGCUCUACCUGUCCCUGGGCACCGAGCGGACCUACAGAUCCACUCUGGACUACACCAAACAAAGUCUGGGGAUUCUCAUUCACCUCCAGAAGAAAGAGGAGGCGCAUGACUGGCUGCAAGCAGGGAAGAUCUACUACAUCCUGCGGCAGAGCGAGCUGGUGGACCUGUACAUCCAGGUGGCACAGAAUGUGGCCCUGUACACAGGCGACCCCAACCUGGGGUGGAGCCGUUUGAGGCAGCUGGAGACAUCUUCUUCAAUGGGGCCUGGGAGCGGGAGAAAUCUGUGUCCUUCUACCAGGACCGGGCCCUGCCCCUGGCAGUGACUACGGGCAACUGCAAGGGGAGCUGCAGCUGUGCAACAAGCUGGUGGCACUGCUGGCCAUGCUGGAGGAGCCCCAGGAGGGCUUGGAAUUUGCCCACAUGGCCCUAUCUGUCAGCAUUACUCUGGGUAAGUCCCCUGAGCCCCCGCCCUGCCAGGACCCACACUUUGCCAGAGCCGAGCCUCCAGGUCUACAGAGCAGGAGCUGAAACAGCUGCUGGAUUUUCCCGGUCUCCUGUCCAGGCAGGCAGAUCUGCCCAGCUGGCUUCCGUGUCUGGCCGUGGGCACAGCCCGAGGUCUCUCACGUAGCGCAGCGCUCCCUGCCUGGCUGAGCUCUGCUUCCUCUGUCUCUUCCCGCUGCUGACCACAAGGGCCGCCCAGUGUGCCCUCUGCCUUCCAGUCAUGCCAGGCAUCUCGGUCCCUGUAUGUACCAGGCUGAGUGGCACAUUCCCUUUGUCUUGUGCCCUUUCCACCCUCAUCAACCACACAACUCUCUGGCUGAUGAAAUCACAGUUCCCCUUCCAGCAGCCUGCCCCUUAAGGCCGGGCAUACCCUGGUGCUGUGCCAGGUCGUCUCUCUUCCUCCAGAGACAGGGAACCCUGGGCAGGCCGCAUGCACCAGCGCCUUGUGCCCUGGGGCCCAGUACAGAGUAGGUGUGCAGCUGUGUGGGAAUGCAUUGAAUGCAGGCUCCACGGCACUCGCCCUGCAAAGGGGAGGACAUCAGAGACAGCCUAGCUCGGUUUGCGCAACUGGGGGGGGACCUGGAGCUCAGGCACGCAGUGACUCCCCAAGGUAAGGGGCUCUGAUCGUGACAUACCCAGGAGGAGUCGGAUGUCACGUCUGUGGGUUGCAUGGAGCCGGGGUGCCCGGGAGCACCUGGACUGCAUGGGUUUUGGGCUCCCCUGGUUAAAACCAGUGAGCAAAGGCAGGUGGCUAUGUGUAGGCACAGAGCUGGGCCAUCCAAGCCUGACUUUGCCAAAGCCUCACAGUAGACAGGGGCAGGCCUUAUUAGUUCUGCUUUACAGAUGGGAAAGUGAGUCUGGGAACCCGGAAGGGACUGGCCACAGCUGCCCAGGUGACCGCAGCUGCCUGGAAGCAAGCCAGGUGCUGCCCAGGGUCUGUAUACCUGCUCCUGAGGGGCCUGUGCCUGACUGCCCCAGGGAGCCACGUCCUCACACCUGCAGCUUUGGCCUACACCCCAGGGGACCGGGUGAACGAGCGCGUGGCCUACUACUGGCUGGCCGCCCUGCACCACCGGCUGGGCCAUGGCAAGCUGGCGGAGCACUUCUACCUCAAGGCCCUGUAGCUCUGCAACUGGCCGCUGGAGUUCGACUAGGAGACCCUCUACUACCUGAAGGUGUACCUGGUGCUCGGUGACAUCAUCGUCUACAAUCUGAAGGUUGGUGGGGAGGGACAGGGCUCUGGGUGUUCCCGGCCCCCUUGGAGUUGGAUCUCCACCCAGACUUCUUUAGGAAUGGCCCAGUGGCUUCCCUGGAGCUCUGCACCCAGCUAGAGGAGCCGGCAAGGUUAGCAGAUACAACCCAGCUCCCAAGCUGGCCAGGCCCCACCCUCAAGAACUCAGUCUCAAGCAGGGAGGGUGACACAUGAGAGGGCAAUGGUGGCUUCUGGGUAAAGAAGGGGGAUUGUAGUCAGGGGGACCCUCCUGGAGGAGGUGACACCAAGCUGAGUCAUGACAGUCAAGUGUCAAGUUGCAUUUAACAAAGAAAACAGGGUCGGGAGAAGGACAUUUUGGAGAACAGCAUCAUCCUCACAUUGAAUCCACGUUGCAAGAUCCAACCCAAAUCCCAGUGCCUCGUCUAGGAAGCCUGCCCAGGGUGCCAGCCUACACUGAGCAACUCCUUCCUGGAGUCCCGAGACACCUGGAAUCUUCACAUCACUCAGGAAGGGUGGGGUGGGACCGGUGUCUUACCAUCGGGUUCACAGACAGGGGAACCCCAGCUCACGGCAGGUUCAGUGGGGUGGGGCCCCGGCCAGCCAGGCUGAGACCUUGCUGGGUCAGGUCUGUCUCGAGGGGAGGUGCUGUGUUCCCUCUGCCCCCAUCCCUGCAGGGGUGGAGAGCUGGGACAGACCUGGGGUGUCUCCACCCUCUGCCCAGCAGGCACCAGCUCCUCCUCCGCAUCGCACCGGCACCGUGUCAGUGCUCCUUAUGGGCUGAGGGGCCAGGGCGCUCCAGUCCAGGGAACGAGAUCGUGGGGGCCUUAGAACAACAUGAGGAGCUGGGGCAGCCCUAAGACCCCGCCCCGUAUCCCUCACCACAGGCCUGGGGCUGCCUGGGAGGCCCCCGCCCAUUGCUGGCGACACCUGGUGGUCAGAAGCUGUCCCUGUGGCCUCCCAAGUCCCAGCCAGACAGGGAGGUGGCAGGUGUCAGGCCCAGAGGGACGCUGCUCACCGCUCAGGGGCUCGCCUGGGACCCAGGGGACGGGCCUCCCAGAAGUGGGCCUUUAUCUCUCUUGGUCAAGCCUGCCGCCCACUCUGCCUGCCCAGGAGGAAGAAAAGGGCCAAAUAGUACCUGAAAGGCCAAAGUCCAUGGUUGGGGUCGAGGGACAGAGGCCUCCUUCACCUCCUUCUCCUGCACAGCCCUCUGGGCCUCAUUGUGACGGUGCUGUCAGCCCAGGCCAGCUUCCCACAGGGAGGCCCCCUCGGAAUUCCCCAAGGGCGGCUGUCUUUCCAAGGCCACAGCCUCCUCCUUGUAUAGGAGGCUCUGGACCCGGGGCCCAGAGGAGUGGGAGAGAAAGCUGGGCUGGAUGGGGCCUGGAAGGCUGAAAGAGAGGCAGGGUAAAUGGGCAUCCUUGCCGAUUGCCUCCAAAAUGGAGUCCCCUUUAGUCUACACGUGAGAAUGAGCCCUGGAAUAGGGUGGAUUAGGUGUGUCCGGGCUCAGCCUGCCACUCACUAGCUGCUGCACACACUACAGGCACAUGGAAAUGCACACGCAAAUGCACACAGACACAGGCACACGAACAGUAAGGCACACAAACAGGCACAGGUGCACACAAACACAUGCACACGCACAGGCACACGCAGAGACAUAUGCUUCGGCUGGCUGCUUCCUGUGUAGUUGGGAAGCCCCCACCCCUUCAGGAAGCCCUUGCCUCCCACCCCUGGCUGAGUCACUCAGUGUCCCUCACUCAGUGUCCUCUGCUCCCAGACUUGGUUGGGCCGAGCCUGGCCAGUCCCACCUCUGGCCACCGGUCAGCCCUGCGGGAAGUGAGAUGCAGGGAUCUCCGCCUGUGUAGAUGCUGCUACCCAGUGUUGAAAGCCUUAUCUGGGCUGCUCCCUAUGCCGUCCGCACAGGCCCCUUCCCCUUCUGGCCCCCGGCCCUCAUCCCAGUCCCUGGAAUCCCAGCUUUUCCUUCUUGGAAUCUCUUGGCCCCAGGGAACACAGCUCACAUGGUCUCUGCCAGUUUACGGCAAGGAAACCGAGGUUCAGAGACUGUGGGUGUCCCAUGUGAUUCUCACAUACACUACACUCUACCAGGUCCCUCUUUUAAACACUUUAAAUGAGGUGACUUUCACAUCGCAUGCAAUUAACUAUUUCAACGCGAAUAAUGUGGUGGCAUUUGUGCAUUCACAGUCCUGUGCAACCACUCACGCCAUGUAGUUUCAAAACGUGUUCAUCUCCCCAGAAGAAACCUGCCAUCCUAAGCUGUGACCCCUCCUUGGUAUCCCCCAAGCCCCUCGUUUAAUGGAAGGGGAAACUGAGACCCAGAGAGACACUUGCCAGUGGGUGGAGCUCUGAUUAUAAGGAGUCAGGCACCCAUCUGCUGCUUCAGUCCUGGGUUGGUUUUCCACCCAGCAGAGGUGACAGAGCCAGGAGGUUCUGGGACCCCAUACUUGCAGCCAGAGCCCUGCCCCGAGCUUCCCCACCAGGGGGCAGCAGAGAGCUUUCCAGAACCGGCCGCGGGGCUGGCGGGAAGCAGCGGGUCAGAGCUGCUGACAAACCUCACGUGGACCCCAGAUCGCGGUCUCUGUGGGUUGGGCUUGGGAAUUGGAGAGGAGGCCGCAUGGUUGGAAACGUGAAGACAGCACGGCCUGGCUGGAGGAGUGGGAAGCGCCGUCACGUUUACUGAGGACACAGAUCUGCCCGCUGGGCCGGGCAUGCAGCCACUCUUCUCGGGGUGGGGUCCGCAGGUCAGGGUUGCUUUCAGCCCCCGACCUGCCUCAGAGUCCAGGGUCUUUGGAACUGUGCCUCCCCAUCUCCACCCACCCUGACUGGUGCCAUGAGGGAACUGGAUCCUGGGAUCCUGUUCCUCUUGGGCAGCAGAGACUGGGGGACCAGAGGAGAUGAUGGGUCUUCAAGCCCCACAUUCAAACCCCAGCCCACCACGCACAGUCUGGGGAUUCGGGGUGAGGGAGUUGAUGUCUCUGAGCCCCAGUUUUGUCACCACUAAAAUGAGGCCGACAUACUGGGGCGGAGUGCCAGCCCCAGGGCUAACAGAGGCUUGUUUCCUACUGACAAUACCUCUGACUCCUAGGAACAGCUCCAACAACCACACACUAGGGAACACUCAACCCAGGCCGACUUGUCAGAGGCACGUGAGCCAGAGCGACUCCAUGUUGAAUGGGGGCUGGGUAAAGGGAGGCUGAGACCUGCUGGGCCGCAUUCCCAGGCGGCUAGGCAUUCUUAGUCACAGGAUGAGAUAGGAGGUCGGCACAAGAUACAGCUCAUAAAGACCUUGCUGAUAAUGCAGGUUGCAGUAAAGAAGCCGGGCAAAGCCCACCAAACCCAAGAUGGCCACGAGAGUGACCUGUGAUUGUCCUCACGGCUCAUUAUGUGCUAAUUAUAAUGCAUUAGCUGCUACAAGACACUCCCACCAGCGCCAAGACAGUUUACAGAUACCAUGGCAACACGGCAACAUCUGGGGGUUCCCUACAUGGUCUCAGAAGGAAGGGCAGAAACUCUGUUCUGGGAAUUGCCCACCCCUUUCCUGGAACACUCAUGAAUAGUCCAACCCUUGUUUAGCGUAUGAUCAAGAAAUAACCAUGAAAAAGGAAACCAGCAGCCUUUGGGGCCACUCUGCCUAUGGGGCAGCCAUU